CUGUGAACAUCCAUGGGGGACUGACCUGGCACUCUACAUAACUUGCACGCAGAUAGGCUACGUCGUGCUCGUGGCUUUUGUUGUUGGUGCUUGUCUUCUUGCUUACUGGGUACCUAGCUACUUGCGCAUGCACAUCCUGAACUUUCUCACUCUUGGCCUAUCUCCGGGGCGGUGCUAUUCGGUUGACCUUCUUCACGAUGUGACCCGGAUCGUGUUGACGGACCUUCUUUAUCCUGAUCACCCUAGUGGUGGCCUCCUU